GCAUGUGUUUCGAGAAUGGGUAUUUCCGUCAGGUCGGAAAUACUUCGGAUACUUCAAUUGAAAUUUACUAGGGAAGAGACGGCGAAAAAAGUAGUUUAACUUCACUAAAGCGUGUUAUACGGCGCUUUCGUCGCUAAUUGCAGCUAAAGCCAGUCGCCGAGAGAAAGCAACACUUUACGCCUGGACACGACAAAUAUCUGGUCGACAAGAGCCUGAAUCAUGAGAUUUACAGGUUUGGCAGUGCUGCUGUUGGUGGGAUUCACCUUGCUGCUUGUAAACACCUUGUUUGGAGGUGGAAACGGUUCAGUUGUGCACCAUUUUUUCAAUGGUGAAAGUCAGGGACCAACAACUGCUGAAGUGCGACCACGGCGGUAUAAAUGUGGCCUUUCAGCACCAUGUCCCUCCAAACACCUGGCUUUCCGUCUGGUAUCUGGAGCUGCCAAUGUCAUUGGGCCCAAAAUCUGUCUGGAGGAUAAAAUGUUAUUAAGCAGUGUAAAGAACAAUGUUGGCCGAGGACUAAACAUCGCUUUGGUGAAUGGGGUCUCUGGGGAACUCCUGGAAACAAAAAGCUUCGACAUGUGGGCAGGAGAUGUUUCGGACUUAUUGAAGUUUCUGAGGCCUCUCCAUGAGGGAACACUGGUGUUUGUGGCCUCCUUUGACGAUCCAGCUUCCAAGCUGAAUGACGAAUCUCGCCGACUGUUUGAGGAGCUCGGGAGCACAGCCGUGAAGGACCUGGCCUUUCGGGACAGCUGGGUGUUUGUCGGUGCCAAGGGAAUCGAGAAUAAGAGUCCAUUUGAGCAGCGUAUGAAGAACAGUAAAACCGGCAACAAGUACGAAGGUUGGCCAGAGUCUCUGGAGAUGGAUGGCUGCAUUCCCUUAAGACCACCCCUGGAAAAUUAAUUCAGCCCUGUCAACAUAUGAGGUACCCAGUUUAGAUACACCCGACUGACUGUUGGAAAGCUAAGACUGAAAGCAUCCUAGUUUUCUCUUACGGGGUCUUGGGACCUGAUAUAUGUAAAUGCAGACGUAGUUGUGAAAGAGUUUCCUGGUGUGGAAUAGAAGCCAUCUGAGUGUGAGGUUCUUCAAGAGAGGUGAAGAAGUGCAUGAUGAAAAAUGUAACAUGAAGAUGAGUAGGUCUUCCACAGCUCUUUGGAGAAAGUAAUAGAUUUUGUCUCUGCUACAAAAGCCGCAAAGAGUUCUAAGAACUUGCACCACAUCUUAAGUUUUCUCAAAACACUUGGUUUCAUGAAGGUGACGAGUAAACAUAAUCAGCAGGAGAAAUAUGUGCGGUACUGCAGAAGCUUAAAUGGAAACAUCAUAUUUUUUAUUCAAGUUAAAUAUUUUUAAUGCUGUGAUAAUUAUUUCUGUGAAAUUAUGCAUAGUAGUAGCAGCCAUUGUUCCGUUAGAACCUGAUGCACGAGCUUACUGUUUACAGAUAUUGCUUGACAAUUGGGUUGUUGGCUUUGAUAAAAAAAAUAUUUAUUAUAACGCACAACACAGGAGGUUUAUCAUAUGGGUUCACUUGGACACGGCUACACAUUUUAAUAAUUUUUGAUGCUGGAUGUUAUUUGUCCACUGCUUUGAGCUUGGUUUGACAAUGUUGCAUAUACACGUGUGAAUGUUUUUAAAAUGCUGACUGUAUCCACAAGGUCUAAUGUAUUACAAUUAUUUAAAUGCAUAGAAAAAAUAUUAUUGCUGUUUUAUAUGUAUGUUUUUUUUGUUGUUGUCUUUACGUGCUGACAAUUUUAUACAAAGCUUUGUUUGUUUCUCAAUAAAAUAAUUGCAUGCUUUUUCUGUCUAGUCCAAUUGUGGUUCAUAAAGUCCACCAGAGGGCGACAGAAAUCAAUGUUUCAUCGGGGUUGUUGGGUUCAUCACGCUCGAAGCGAUUUCUUGAAUGUACACAUUUUGAUCUCACAUACAAACACGCAUGAACAGAGGCAAUGUGCACUUUAGAAAUUAUAUUCAGCACACAAUGUGGUUGCUUGUGGAACCGCACAACAAAGGAAUGUCAAACAAUAUAAAAAAAUAGAAUUGGGGCCAUGAUAAUAUGGUGCCUUCAAUGACAUACAGUACAAUCAGCUAAAACGUGUAUUUUGAAUGUUCGCUUAAGUUACAUUUGCCAAGAAGGUUAUGUUUUCAUUUUAGUGAGAUUGUUUGUGUGGCAAUUAUGAGGGCACAAUUUUUUGAUUCCAUUGUUAAGUGAAAUAUCAAUACAUUUGAACAGAGAAAGACAUGAUAUCAACAAAAACAGUUUGAAAUAAAGGUUACAAAUGUA